AUGGAUCUCUUCUGCCUGCCCGAGGAUCCCGCGGCGCCAACGCCGGCGUGCCCCUACGUGUGCGUCGAGCACUGGGACGGAGGGCCGUUUCGCAGCUACGCUGUGCGCAAGAGCCGCGCCGGCCUCGUGCCGGUGAGCCUGCGGGACACGCCCGGGGCCGAGGUGGCCACCGACGUGCUCUACUCUGAGAACCUCUACCCGACACCGCAGGCCGAGCUCGAGCCGUUUCUGCAGACGUGGCUCUUCUUUGGCCUCGUGGCCGAGGUUCUUGGGCUCAACGAGACGGCAUCGGGGACGCGGCUUGUGGACGAGGAGACGGCGCGGACAGAGAUUGCAGAGCUGUACGACGUGGUCCUCGUGAGAGACGGCCAAGACGUUCAAGACGCCGACGACGACAACAACACCAGAGGCGGCAAGUACAUCACUGGUGUCGUGCUCCUGCAGGAGGAGGCCGGCGAGCUCUUCCACCAGCGGCUCGACCUCGCGCCCGACAAGAUGGCGCGGCUAGUGGACUUGAGCGACUCGCUACGGUAUGCCGUCGUGACGUUGCACUCGAUCCAGGAGAACGUGCGCGACGCGGUUCGGCACUCCAUCGUCGCGCUGGGCGAGAUGCUCACGACGGGCAUCUUCAUGGCCGCGUCGCUGUCGCGCCCGCCCACGCCGCUGCCGACCGUCGUCGGCCUCAACUGGUUCCGGGACUACGUGCGAGCGGGCGGCGCCGUCGAGGCCGGCAUGCUCGCGCGCGGCUGGUGCCCCAGCGAGGUGGACAAGGUGCGCGCGCAGUUCCAGGGCGCCUUUACCAUGCACUAUGCGAGCAGGCUGCGUCGGCGGGCGGUCGGUCAGGGCCAAGAUUCGUCGUCGUCGUCGUCGUCGUCGUCCGGCCAUGAUCACGGCGGGUGCUCAGAGCACGCGUGCAAAGCCUUCCAGAUGGACUUGGGCACGUACAGGCCGUCGCAUGCGCAGGAAGGCUGCGGCUGCGCGCACAUCGAGGUCUGCGAGGCGGACAUUGUGCGGGUGCUGCGCGAGACGGACUCGUUUCCGGUGCUGCGCCUAACGAGGCAUGUCGGCGAUGGCCAUGGCCAUGGCGAUGGCGGCCAGGGCCAGCUGCGGCUGUCUGUUGAGCCGUGGACGUCUGGCGUUCCCUACGUUGCCUAUUCUCAUGUCUGGGCCGACGGUCUCGGCAAUCCGCGCCUCAACUCGCUGCCGAGAUGCCAGGUUGAGCGCAUCUCUCGUCUCGUUGCGGCACUCGAGCAAGACGUGCGCGAGUCCUUGUCCUCGUCCUCGCCCUCCGCCGACGAUUCCGCAGGCAUUCGCGACUCCUCGUCGGCGUCGGCAAACGCUCAGCCUUACCGCAUCUGGAUUGACACAUUCUGCUGCCCUAUAGAGCUCAAUGGAAAGCUCCUCGCGUUGCAGCGCAUCGCCGACGUCUACCGGAACGCCACACAUGUUCUCGUCCUCGACAAGGCGCUCGCCGCUUUUCCCUCGGUUGGCGUCCACCCGGCCGAGCUGCUGCUCCGUACCAUCGGCGCCUCGCCCUGGAUGCGCCGUCUAUGGACGCUGCAGGAGGGCGCGCUCGCGCAGAGCCUCUUCGUCCAGUUCGCGGACCGCGCCGUCAACUUCCUGGCCCUGUUGCAGGACCUGUUUAUCAUUGGUCGCACCGACGCGCGGUACAUGCGCAUCUGGCAGGAUGUCAUGAGCGAGUUCAACCAGCUCCAGUCUCUCAGCCCCAAGCGCGACAGUGCCGGCGCCGUGCUCUUUAACAAGAGUCCCACGGACCUGGUCCACCUGCAGCGCGCUCUGCACUUCCGCACCGUGUCCGUCGCCGCCGACGAGCCGCUCUGCAUCGCCACCCUCAUGGACCUCGACACGCGCCGCAUCGCCGAGCCCACGUCGCAUCAGGACCGCAUGGCGCGCGUAUGGGAGCAACUCGCGCGCUUGCCCGCUACCGGCGAUGACGACGGCAACAGCGGCGGCGGCGGCGGCGGCGGCGGCGGCGGCACAGCGGGCAUCCCCGUCCGCCUCCUCUUCUUCCUCGAGGAGCCGCUCGACGUGCCGGGCUGGCGCUGGGCCCCGCGCACCCUGCUCGGCUCAUCCGUGCGCGAUCCCGUCCUCGGCAUCGACGAGCGCGUCGUGCGCUUCGUCAGGGAGAAAGACGGCGACCCGGACGCGCUCGGCACGCCCACGCCGCUCGGCCUGCGCGUCAGGCUCCGCGGAUGCCGCCUCGUGCCCUGUCCGCGCGCGCCCGGCCUGCCGCUCGACCCCUGGCCCGAGCUCAUCCAUAGGUAUGAGGACCAGGUGCUGCUGCAGCGGGAUGACGACGGCGGCAGCGGCAGUGGAGGGAGACGUUGGGUGCGCAUCAUGGACUGGUACCGCUCGAGAAAGCUUGGCAGGUGGACACGAGAGCAGCGCGUCGAGCACGAUACGCGCGUCGGGCAGCCGCUGCAGCGGGCCAUCGCGACGGGCCGCUGCGCCAUCGUCUACGACCCGCAAGCCUCGCCCCUACUCAAUCAGGAGGUGUGCACGUGCUGCCUCGUGCAGGCGGACGAGUUGGACGAUGCCGACUUGGCGGCGCUCGAUUUGCCGACAACGAUGAUCACCAGCACCAGCAAGACCGCCCCGAUGCAUCACGUUGGUGCUGAUCCUUCUCCUCCUCCGCUCAAGGCCCGCCGCGAGCGCGCCAUCCUCAUGUCGCCCCUCUCCGACGCUGAGGCGCACAUGAUGGACGUGCUACAGGGCGUGGCGGACCGCGCGGCGGCGCACCCGGCGACGAGGGAGCUUGUUGCCCUGGGGCCGCCCCCGCUGGCGCAGCCUUCCAAGUGCUCCUCCACCAGUGAAAACAAGGGGGACAACACUAAGGCCAAGGCCAAGGACGGAGACGGGGACACGGGCAACGACAAGGACAAGGUCGUGAACAGACAGAAGGGGGACGAAGGGAGCACGGCUGAGGGCGAGGACCCAGACGACGGCGGCAGCCCGUGGGAGGCGGCGUCGAGGCGCGUGCGCGACCUCCUCAAGGCGCUCGUGGCGGAGGCGCUGGCUGAGCACCCAGAGGUGGUGCAGACGGCGAGGGACUACAUCGGGCCGGACCUUGACGAGUACCUGUGGGUGCUCGUCCCCAAGGUGCUGUCGCACGCGACGUUCAUGAGGGAGACGCCCGACGGGCAGGUCUGGUACAUCGACUAG